AUGAAGUUCUCCUUUGCUCCCACUGCAGUGCUUAUGCUCGCCACCUCUGCUAUUGCUGGUCGCGCUUACCGCAGGUCGUUCGACUUUGAAGACGAGCUCGCCCUUGCCGCACGAGAGCUCGAAAUUGCCGACUACCUCGAGGCUCGAUUGGCAGACUUCAUCGACGACUACCUCUACGAGCGAGCCGGCCCCUUCAUGGCAAUGAACAACCAGAAGAAGGAUGCGUCCAAAUUCAUCAAGGACGCCCACAAGGGUGGCCAGCUGAACACCGCCGCCGCUCCCGGAAGCUCGCAGCGGACAGUCCUGACCAAGGGCAACUGGCACCUCGACCGACAGCAAUCGACGAACGCGAAUGGAGAGCAUAAGGUUGCGGUUCAGAAGGCUGGUCCGAGAGCCCAGGGCGAGUCGACUACCGCCGCCCAAGUUACGAUUGCUGGGUUCCCCAAUAACAAGCAGCCCACGUCGUCGAAGGUUCACAAUAAGCUCCAGCAUUCGUUGAAGAGCGGUAAAGAGACGAGGAUUAAUUACCCUUCGAGGAAGACGGAGGCUCACAAACAGCGCAUGGCACAAGAGCAGGCUGCGAAACGGGCUAAAAACGCCAAAAAGCACAAGGAUGGUCAAGCUCGAGCCAAGAGCGGAAUCUUCAGGAAGGGAAGGAAGUAG